UAUGUAAAUUUUUGUUAAGACCCUCACGGGUAAGACCAUCACACUUGAUGUUGAGCCCUCUGAUACUAUCGAUGCUGUUAAAGCAAAGAUCUAGGAUAAGGAAGGAAUCCCUCCCGAUUAAUAAAGAUUAAUUUUUGCUGGAAAGCAAUUGGAGGAUGGAAGAACUCUUUCAGAUUAUAACAUCUAAAAAGAAUCAACUCUCCACUUAGUAUUGAGACUCAGAGGAGGUGGUAUGGAGCCAACUAUUGCUGCUAUUGCCAAAAAAUACAACGUUGAAAAAAAAAUAUGCAGAGUUUGCUAUGCCAGGUAUUUAAUUAUAUAUAAAAAUGAAUAGAUUACCACCAAAGGCUCAUAAUUGCAGAAAAAGAAAAUGUGGACAUUCAAACUAAUUAAGAAUCAAGAAGAAGCCUAAGGAUUGAUA